AUCCAAAGCAGCCGCCAUCUCACGACGAAGGAAAAAAAAAUCAACCUUCAACCACCUUCACUCUCUCCCCCUUUUCCCUUCCGCAUCCUCGCACUGGGCUCGCGCAUUGAUUUCGACCACACUUGGCCCGCUCGCGAUGUCCAGCGAAAUCGAGAUAAGCGCGGACGUGUUCCACAGUCGUCUGUCGUCCUUCAUCACGGCUUGGAAGAACGACAAAAGGGCCGGCGAUGUGCUGUUCAGUGGCGUGGGCUCAGUCGUGAUCUCUGUGGGAAAGGCCACCGAGGGCGCGUACCCGAAGAGCGCAGCGAUUCAGCUAUGGCUUCUAGGCUACGAGUUUCCCCAGACGCUGUUCAUCAUCACGAUGGAAGGCAUGACCAUCGUCACGACGAAGAAGAAGGCCUCCUUCUUGGAGCCUCUCAAGGGUGGCAAAGUACCUCUGGAGGUCCUCGUGCGUGGCAAGGAUAACGACGAGAAUGCAAAACAGAUCGAGCGGUGCAUAGAGAUCAUCAAGAAGAAUGGCAAGAAAGUUGGUGUGCUCACGAAGGAGAAUCCCGAAGGCGGCCUUGCAGAGGAGUGGAAGCAGGCGCUCGCCGCUUUGGACGACAAAGAGGAAGUUGACAUCUCUGUCGCGCUGUCGACUGCGGCGCUUGCCGUCAAAGACGAGCAAGAGCUUAUUUCUACUCGAGAUGCCUCCAGAACGUCUGCGCGCAUCCUUCAGAAAUACUUUGUGGAAGAGAUGUCGCAGAUUGUCGACGAGGAGAAGACCAUCAAGAACAGCGCAUUUGCUGACCGCGUCAUGAACAAGAUCGAAGAUGCCAAGUUCUUAACCAGCUUGAAGAUCUCAGAUGAUUUCCGCUCCGAGAAUGUUGACUGGGCCACGCAGCCUACAGUACAGAGUGGCGGCAACUACGACUUGCGCUUUGCCCAGGAGCCCGACGACCAGAAUAUGCGAGCCGACAUAAUUAUAGCUGCAUUGGGCAUCCGCUACCAAUCUUAUGCCUCCCUCGUCGCACGGACAUAUCUCGUUGACCCAAGUAAGGAGCAGGAGAAUAAUUACAAACUGCUGGUCCAGAUCCAUGAGACGAUUCUCAGCACGAUCAGAGACGGCGUCAGCGCCAAAGAAAUAUAUGCCAAGGCUUAUGGGUUGCUGAAGCAGAAGAAGCCAGAUCUUGAGAAGCAUUUCGGGAAGAACGUGGGCUAUGGCAUCGGCAUUGAAACAAAGGACGGCACUCUCAUGCUGAACUCCAAGAACAGCCGCCCACUCAAGGAUGGCAUGACGCUUGUGGUUCAGACCGGUCUUCAGGACUUGGAGAACAAGGGCAAGAAGCCUCCAACCUAUUCUCUCGUUCUCGCUGAUACGGUUCGCGUCGCUGCGUCGAAAGCGAUUAAUUUUACUAGGGACGCUAAGUACGAUGCCGAAUCGGUAUGUUUCUUCUUCGAUGAGAGUGAAGAGGAGCCCGAAGCGAAGCCGAAAGCCAAAAAGGACAAGAGCAUCGGUGCGGUUGCGUCGUCGAACAUUGUGGCGAAGCGUCUACGCGCAGAACGCCAGGCUACCGAUACUGCCGAGAAGGAUGCUGCUCGCCGGGAGCAUCAAAAAGAGCUGCAUGCUCGUAAGCAGAAAGAAGGCCUUGAGAAGUAUGCCAACCAAAAGGGUGCUCUCAACGGUACGGAGGAGAAGAAGUUCAAGAAGUUCCAAUCGUACAAACGUGAAGAGGACUUCCCCAGCAAGGCCAAGGAGCUGAUGAUCGUUGCCGACCCAAAGAAUCAGUCUAUCCUCGUUCCGAUCAUGGGUCGCGCAGUUCCUUUCCACAUCAAUACUAUCAAGAACGCAAGCACCACCGCUGAAGGUGCCUUCACGUCCUUGCGUAUAAAUUUCCUGUCGCCUGGUCAGGGCGUUGGUAGAAAGGAUGAUCAACCGUUCGAGGACCCUAACGCACAUUUUGUCCGUUCGCUAACCUUCAGAUCCAAAGACUCAGAUCGCAUGCAGCAGAUUGCUGGUGCAAUCACAGAUAUGAAGAAGGAGUCUGUGCGUCGCGAGCAGGAGAAGAAGCAACUCGAGGAUGUUGUCGAGCAAGACAAGAUCAUCAUCGACCGUCGGCCUCAGAAACUUGAUCUCGUUUUCUUGCGUCCUGCGCUUGACGGCAAGCGCUUGCCUGGUGAGGUGCAGAUUCACCAGAACGGCCUGCGCUACGUUCACGGCGGAAUUGGCGGCGGUGAGACAGUGGACGUGCUCUUCAAUAACAUCAGACACUUGUUCUUCCAACCGUGCAAGAAUGAGCUCAUCGUCAUCAUUCACGUUCACCUCAUCAAUCCGAUCAUGAUCGGCAAGAGGAAGACCAAGGACGUCCAGUUUUAUCGCGAAGCCACCGACAUUGCGUUUGAUGAAACUGGCAACCGUAAGCGUAAACAUCGGUAUGGUGACGAGGAGGAGUUUGAGGCUGAAGAAGAAGAGCGCAAGCGACGUGCGGAGCUCGACAAGCAGUUCCUGAGCUUCGCGAGAAAGAUCGAAGAGGCGGACAAGGACGGCCGUGUGAGAGUUGACGUUCCAUUCCGCGACUUGGGCUUCAACGGUGUGCCUGCUCGCUCCAGCGUUUGGGUACAACCGAGCACGGAUUGCUUGAUUCAGAUCACAGAGCCGCCGUUCUUGGUCAUCACUCUAGACGACAUUGAAGUUGUCCAUCUUGAACGCGUCCAGUUUGGUCUCAAGAACUUCGACAUGGUCAUUGUGUUCAAGGAUUUCAACCGCAAUCCGCAGCAUAUUAAUACCAUACCUGUCGAAUCCCUCGAUGCCGUCAAGGACUGGCUCGACAGCGUCGAAAUACCCUUCUCCGAAGGUCCGCUCAAUCUCCAGUGGCCAACGAUUAUGAAGACUGUGCAAGCCGAUCCACACGCAUUCUUCGCCGAAGGUGGUUGGUCAUUCCUCUCCACAGAGACCGAUGACGAGAAAGACGAGGAAUCCGAAGAAGAGGAAUCCGCGUUCGAGAUUUCGGAUGAUGAGUUGGAAGCCAGUGACGAGAGCAGCGAAGAUGAUAGCGACUUCGACGAGAACGCAAGCGAGGAGGCUAGCGACGACGAGUUGAGCGGUGAGGAGACGGAGGGCGAGGACUGGGAUGAAAUGGAGAAGAAAGCCUCCAAGGCUGAUAGGAACUCCGGGCUGGACGACGGAGACAGGCGCAAGGGAGGCGCCGGUCAGAAGCGGAAGAGGUAGAUAGGCCACCUGAAACCGCGCAGAGCGAGCCAUGCGAUAGGGAAAGAUCUUUCUCUCUUUACGAUCAUGCGAGCGCUGUGAGCCCAGCAACCGCUAGCUUAGAUCUUGUGGGUUUCCUACGGGGCAAAGGCGUACUAUGGUUGCUUUGAUCAGGUCGAGAGAGGAGAUUUAAAAACACGCAGCAAAGGUCUUCAAAACGAGUGAUGCACAUGUGCCUUUUUUUUUAAAAAAAAA